GACCUUGUGACGUCAUUGUGAUGCGCCCACAUGUGACCGGAGGGUCAGAGGCGUAACGGACUGUCGGACGCCGGGUUGCUUGUCAAAUGAGAUCCUUGCAGUUGUCAAGUAAUUCCUCUCACACUGGUCAUCUUUAACCACAGGGGGAGACGGACAAAAACACCGGAAGGCAUGUCGUACUGCAAGGAAGAGGGUAAAGAUCGCAUCAUCUUUGUGACCAAAGAGGACCAUGAGGCUCCCAGCAACGCGGAACUCAUUGCAGAUGACCCCAAUGAUCCUUAUGAGGAGCAGGGUCUGAUCCUGCCAAAUGGAGACAUCAACUGGAACUGUCCGUGCCUGGGCGGCAUGGCCAGCGGCCCGUGUGGCUCCCAAUUCAAAGAGGCCUUUUCCUGCUUCCACUACAGUAAGGAAGAGUUGAAGGGCUCCGAGUGCAUUGACAACUUCCGCAAUAUGCAAGAGUGCAUGCAGAAAUACCCUGAGCUCUAUCCUCAGGAGGAAGAUAAAGAAAGCUCCUCUCAAGCAGAGUCCGGAUCUGGAUCUGUCUCUGCCGAGCCGACUGAGGGCUCUGCCUUACCCCCUGAAACGGACUCUAUCGCAGCCGCCUCCACAUCCGAGUCUGCUGUCUCACCUGACAGCAUGUCACCUACAGACAACCAGACUGCCAGCUAAAGUCCAUCGGUUGUCAUCCAGGCUUUACUGUGUGCAAACACUGCCCAGCAUAACUGACUCUCGAUGUCAGAGCUCUGACACUCAUGGGCAAUAUUUACAGGUCACCAGAGAAGGACUUGCAGAGAAAACUUAGCGUAUGUACAAGAGUUUAGGCUGCUUUGUUUGCUGAGCAAUCAAAAAUCAUUGAAUAAUAUGAUUUAAUGACAGCUGGCCAAGCUGUUUGCUGCAGGGACAUAAGUUGAAAGACUCAUUUUAUAUGCAAUUAGAAUUUCAUUUACUGCGUGUCAAUCAUAAGAGCUUGUUUGUAUGCGUUCAUUAUGUGUGUUUGACAGAGAUCUAAACGGUAAUCACUGGAUUUUUUUAUUUGCGCAAUGUUCAGCUUUUCUUAGGAAUCACCUUGACUCAAGACAGUUUUGACUCUUACUAUGACUUAACAGUUAAUCUGUUUCAGCUUCUGUUCAGUGGAAAUUACAUUGAUUUAAGAGACGUUUGUAGCUGUGUUUUUUGACAUCUUGUAGAAUCCUCAAGGCUCUCAAUCUGCCGCAUAUGAACAAUGGUCCUGAUUGACUGUAUCUGGUCAAGAUCAAGGUGUUUUUUGGCACACUCAACUGUCACUGCAUAAAUGUUUUUGUUGUCUUAAUUCUGUCUAGAGUCUCCAGUUGGAUACUCUGAUCACUCUUCACUGACAUUCAGGCCUUAAAGACUUGAUGAAUAUUUCUCCAACAUGUCCAGAUUAAAAUUAUAAUUGACCAAUUUCCACUUACUUUUCCCUUUGUUCUUCUAAAGUAAAAGUACAGUGCCCUUAUAUGUCUGUAAUUUUCUUCUUCACACGUUGAAAGUCUGAAUUUUAUGGGAGAUUUUCUUACCAAAGUUGCCCAGAAGAUUUACAAGUUGAUGACAAUAAGACAGAACCCCACCAUCAUAUUUGAUAUCUUUCACUUAUAUAAUUUUUUCAUUGAAUCCAAAUUAUUUAGGUUUCAA